AUGUUAUCAUUUAUCUUUCUUAUCAAUGCAUUUAUUCUUAUUUCGUUGGUAAAUGGUGAAAUCAUCAAUCCCUGUCAAUCCCUAUCUGAAAUCAAAGAAAUUGAUGAGUGCUAUAUGAAUUUAGCUCUCGACUUGGGACUGAAGCGGAAUCCUCGUGCUCCAUUUGGCACAAUCAUUGUCAAUCAUGAAAAGAAUGAAAUUACUUGCAUCGGUGUCAAUGAAAAUGACAAGGAUAUUUUGUUGCACGGAGAGACAGUAGCAUUUAAAAACUGCACAGAGAUGUUUCCUUCCCCCACAAAUGAUGAUUUGAAGAAUCCCGGAUUGCAAUGGUAUGAUCAAACUUUGUAUACCACUGGCGAACCAUGCCCCAUGUGUGCUGCUCAAAUCAUGUAUCGCAAUGUCAAGAGAGUCGUAUGGGCAACAUCCACCAAAGAUGUGAGCAAGAGCGGAAGAAUGGCUCAACUCACCAUAGACAUUCAACACAUUUUCAAUUCCAUGAAAAUCAUGAACUCGACAUCCAUUGACUCUCCUAUUGUUGAAAGUGGCAUCUUGAAGGAAAAGUGCGAUCAUGCCUUCUGGUGUGCCUUCAAGGAAUACCGCGAUGAAGCCUACAUAAAGUACAUGGAAGACACUAAUCAGCUAGAUUAUGUUUUAGAACGCAAUGAGAAAUUCCCAUGUGUAACUAUUCCCUGGCAUGUUUGA